GGUUUUAAUCAUUGCUCAUUAUUAGUGAUUUUGCUAUCUAGCACAAUACACUCUCCUGAUUACAAUUGCAUAAUAGAAUGACCUCGCAUGGGUAUUUCUCUGUUGUCUUUGUGUUUGCAUGUCUUGCAACCACAGCAUUCUCACAACUGUCACCUAAUUACUAUGACUACUCGUGCCCUAAGGCUUUGAGCACCAUCAGAAGUGUCGUGGAUGCUGCCGUACAGAAAGAGCGCCGUAUGGGCGCGUCUUUACUACGCUUGCAUUUCCAUGACUGCUUUGUUAACGGUUGUGAUGGUUCAAUUCUUCUAGACCCCACAUCUACCAUUGAUAGCGAAAAGAAUGCAAACCCUAAUUUCCAAUCAGCUAGAGGAUUUGAAGUGGUGGAUGAGAUCAAGCAAGCAGUGGACGAAGCAUGUGGAAAACCGGUUGUUUCUUGCGCAGACAUAUUGGCUGUUACAGCUCGAGACUCUGUUGUUGCGUUAGGGGGGCCAACAUGGGAUGUGCAAUUGGGGAGAAGAGACUCAACCACAGCAAGCCGUGAUGCUGCAAAUGCUGAAAUUCCAGCACCAUUUUUCAACCUUUCUCAACUCAUCAGCAACUUCCAAAACCAUGGUCUAGAUGAGAAGGACCUUGUUGUUCUUGCUGGAGGACACACCAUUGGAUUUGCACGUUGUGUUUCAUUUAGGGACCAUAUCUACAAUGACUCUGACAUCAAUCCCUACUAUGCACAACAGCUUAAAUAUAUUUGCCCAAAAAAUGGAGGUGACUCCAACCUUUCUCCUUUGGACCCAACACCUGCGCGAUUUGAUGUAGCAUACUACUCUGAUUUAGUUCAAAAGAAAGGUCUUCUUCACUCUGAUCAGGAACUGUACAAUGGUGGUUCUACUGAUGCAUUGGUUAAACAAUAUAGCUACGAUACUACAUCUUUCUACAAGGACUUCGCGAACUCCAUGAUUAAGAUGGGAAACAUUCAGCCCCUCACUGGGAAUCAAGGUGAAAUUCGUGUCAACUGCAGGAAACUGAACUAA